UGUGUUAAUGCGGCGUUGGAUUGGACCCUUUAUUUUUUGGGGGGUGACAAGACUGACAGCAAUUGCAAACAGGACCACAAUGCUAAAGAUCAGAAGCCCACUGGUGGAUAGAUUUCGGCUGGGAGCAAUCGAGCUGGUUUAGUGUUUUGUUUUAAUUGGGAUUAAGACACAGAAAUCAAGGGGAGAGGAGCUUUUGAUCUCUCAUCAACAAUGGCACCGAUGAAACAGAACCGGACUUGCCUGAUCUUCCACCUCAUCCUAGUGCUAGCUUCUUCAUGGUCAAGGACGAUUGUGAACAAAGAGUACGGCACCUUUAGGUCGGAGAGGUCCGAAUGGGUCUUCAACCACUUGGUCGUGGAUCAGGUUACGGGCAGCGUGUACUUGGGAGCGGUCAAUAGGAUUUACAAGUUGUCCAGCGAUCUCGACCUCAUGGUGUCCCACCUCACGGGUCCCGACGAUGACAACCCCGCCUGCUACCCUCCCCGCAUCGUCCAGCCAUGCAACGAGCCCCUCACCAUGACCAACAACGUCAACAAGAUGCUGCUCAUCGACUACAAGGAGAACCGGCUGAUCGCUUGCGGGAGCCUCUACCAGGGCAUCUGCAAGCUCCUGAGGCUCGACGACCUGUUCAAGCUGGGCGAGCCGUCGCACAAGAAGGAGCACUACUUGUCCGGUGUGAACGACAGCGGCUCUGUGUUCGGGGUGAUCGUGGCGGAUCACGACGCGGACGCCAAGCUGUUCAUUGCCACGGCGGUGGACGGCAAACCCGAGUACUUCCCCACCAUCUCCAGCCGGAGGCUGACCAAGAACUCCGAGGCCGACGGCAUGUUCGCCUACGUCUUCCACGACGAGUUUGUGGCCUCGCUGAUCAAGAUCCCUUCUGACACCUUCACCGUCAUCCCCGACUUCGACAUCUACUACAUCUAUGGCUUCAGCAGCGACAACUUUGUCUACUUCCUGACCCUCCAGCCAGAGAUGGUGACCGCCCUGGGCUCGACCCGUGAGCAGGACUACACCUCGAAGCUGGUCAGGCUGUGCAAAGCCGACACCACCUUCAACUCCUACGUCGAGCUUCCCAUCGGCUGUGUCAAGGGAGGCAUCGAGUACCGUCUGCUGCAGGCCGCCUAUCUGUCCAAGGCCGGGGCUAUACUGGCUCGGUCACUGGGCAUCGGCCCGGACGAUGAUGUACUCUUCACCGUCUUCUCCAAGGGUCAGAAACGCCGAAGCAAAGUGCCGGAUGAGUCCGCCCUUUGCAUGUUUGUGCUGAAGUCCAUCAACGAACGGAUCAAGGACAGGCUUCAGUCCUGUUACAGAGGAGAAGGCUUUUUGGACCUGGCCUGGCUUAAAGUGAAAGACAUCGCCUGCGUUACUGCGCCUGUCCCAAUAGAUGACCGAUUUUGUGGCUUGGACAUUAAUGCUCCGUUGGGUGGAUCCACUCUCAUGCAAGGAAUUCCCGUGUUCUCUGAGGAGCACGACCGGAUGACCUCGGUGAUCUCGUAUGUCUACAACGAACACUCUCUGGUGUUUGCGGGGACGAAGAGUGGCAAGCUGAAGAAGAUCCGGGUGGACGGACUAUCUCACGGCGCCCUGCAGUACGAGACGAUUCAGGUGGUGGAGAGCGGGGCUGUUCUGCGCGACAUGUCGUUUUCUGUGGAUCAUCGGUACCUCUACGUCAUGUCAGAGAAGCAGUUGACCAGAGUGCCGGUGGAGACAUGCGGACAGUACAAGACGUGCACUGACUGCCUGGGCUCGGGAGACCCUCACUGCGGCUGGUGUGUGCUUCACAACACCUGCACCAGGAAAGAUGAAUGCAAACGCUCCACCGAGCUCCGUCGCUUUGCCUCCGACAUCAAGCAGUGCGUCCGACUCAGCGUGCACCCGAGCAAUAUCUCCGUCUCCCAGUACAACGUCCUGCUGGAGCUCGAAGCUCACAAUGUCCCUGAGCUCUCGGCGGGAGUGAACUGCACCUUCGAAGACUUUGCCGAGAUGAAUGGGCAGGUGCUUGGGAACGUGAUCAAGUGCAAUUCACCUGCGGAGAAGGAAGUGCCUCGAAUUCUCAUCGACAAAGGUGAUCACCAAGUGGUCCAGCUCUACCUGAAGUCGAAGGAAACGGGCAUCACGUUCGCCAGCACCAGCUUCGUCUUCUAUAACUGCAGCGUCCACCAUUCGUGCCUGUCAUGUGUAAACAGCCCCUAUCAAUGUCACUGGUGCAAAUAUCGGCACAUGUGCACGCAUGAUCCACGGACGUGCUCCUUCCAGGAGGGCCGAGUCAACAUCUCCGAGGACUGUCCGCAGCUCCUUCCUGCCGUGAAGCUCCUGGUGCCGGUCGGGGUGGUGAAGCCGAUCACGCUGAAAGCGAAGAACCUGCCACAGCCUCAGUCUGGUCAGCGAGGGUACGAGUGUAUCCUGAACAUCCAGGGGGUGGAGCAGAGGGUCCCGGCACUGAGGUUCAACAGCUCCAGCGUCCAAUGUCAGAACAUCUCAUAUUCCUACGAGGAAACGGAGGUCAAUAAUCUCCCGGUGGACCUCUCGGUGGUCUGGAAUGGGGAUUUCAGCAUCGACAACCCGGCACAUAACAAAGUUCACCUGUACAAGUGCGGAGUGAUGCGGGAGAGCUGUGGCCUGUGCCUGAAGGCCGACCCUGACUUUGAGUGCGGCUGGUGCCGAGGCGAGGACCGCUGUGCGCUCAGGCAGCACUGCCCCGCCCCCGAGGAACAGUGGCUGGAACAUUCCAGAAUAAACCGCAAGUGCCCCUACCCUCGCAUAACCGAGAUACGGCCGAUUAAAGGGCCCAGGGAAGGUGGGACAAAGCUGACCAUCUAUGGGGAGAACCUCGGCCUGAACUUCUGGGAGAUUGAAGACUUUGUGCGUGUGGCGGGCGUGGACUGUACUGCUCUGUCUGAGGGUUACAUCCCAGCGGAACAGAUCGUGUGCGAGAUGGGGGUGGCCAGACACAACCAGUUCAAUGGCUUUGUGGAGGUCUGCGUAGAUGAGUGCAAGCGCGAGUUCAUGGCCAGAUCGACGCAGCGCUACAGAUUUGUGCUCCCCACUCUCACUGACCUGAUGCCGACAAAGGGCCCAGUGUCCGGGGGAACAAUGGUCACGAUAAGGGGCAGCAACCUGGAUGCAGGAAGCAGCGUGUCAGUCAUGUUCGGAGACCAGCCGUGUGUGUUUGACAGGAGAUUUGGAGGGGAGAUCGUUUGCAGCUCCACCACCUCACCGCAGGGCCCGGGGAACGUCAGUGUGUCCGUGGGGGUGGACAACGCCCGCAUCAGGAAACAGCUGCGGUUCGAAUACGUGGAGGAUCCGACCAUCCUCAGGGUCGAGCCAGAGUGGAGCAUCGUCAGUGGCAGCACGCCCGUGACGGUGUGGGGGACCAACCUGGACAUCAUCCAGCACCCCAAAAUCCGAGCCAAGCACAGCGGAGUGGAAACCAUUAACACAUGCACAGUGCACAACCUGACCUCCAUGACCUGCCAGGCCCCUGCUCUGGCUAUCAGUCAGAACCUACAGACAGACAACGUGGAGCAUCCCGACGAGUUUGGGUUCAUUUUGGACAACGUUCAGGCGUUGCUGAUCUACAACAACACCAAGUUCAUCUACUACCCCAACCCGGUCUUUGAGCCUCUCAGCAUCUCAGGGGUCCUGGAACUGAAGCCUGGCUCUCCCAUUAUGUUGAAGGGCCGGAACCUCAUCCCUCCCGCCACAGCCGGUAACGUGAAGCUGAAUUACACGGUGCUGAUCGGAGAGAAGCCCUGUACAGUGACAGUGUCCGACACUCAGCUACUCUGCGAGUCUCCAAAUCUGACCGGGCGGCACAAAGUGCUGGCACGUGUGGGCGGCAUGGAGUAUUCCCCUGGCAUCGUGCACAUCUUUCCCGACAGCCCGCUGAGCUUCCCGGCUAUCAUCAGCAUCGGAGCCGCUGGUGGUCUCCUCAUCAUCUUCAUCAUCGUGGUGCUGAUCGCCUACAAGAGGAAGUCUCGGGAAAGCGAUUUAACACUGAAGAGACUGCAGAUGCAGAUGGAUAACCUGGAGUCCCGGGUAGCCUUGGAAUGCAAAGAAGCCUUCGCGGAGCUUCAGACGGACAUUAAUGAGUUGACCAGCGAUUUGGACGCCACGGGAAUCCCCUUCUUAGAGUACAGGACGUACACCAUGCGGGUCCUCUUUCCCGGGAUCGAAGACCAUCCCGUGCUCAGGGAGCUGGAGGUCCCCGGAUACAGGCAGGAGAGAGCGGAGAAGGGGCUGGCGCUCUUCGGCCAACUGAUCAACAACAAGGUCUUCCUGCUGACCUUCAUUCGGACGCUGGAGUCCCAGCGCAGCUUCUCCAUGAGGGACAGGGGGAACGUGGCCUCGUUGAUCAUGACCGUGCUGCAGACCAAGCUGGAGUACGCCACCGACGUCUUGAAGCAGCUGCUGUCGGACCUCAUCGACAAGAACCUGGAGAGCAAGAACCACCCCAAGCUUCUCCUGCGCAGGACUGAAUCGGUGGCGGAGAAGAUGCUAACCAACUGGUUCACCUUCCUCCUGUACAAGUUCCUCAAGGAAUGUGCGGGCGAGCCCUUGUUCAUGCUUUUCUGCGCCAUCAAGCAGCAGAUGGAGAAAGGGCCGAUCGACUCAAUCACAGGGGAGGCCCGUUACUCACUGAGCGAGGACAAGCUCAUCAGGCAGCAGAUAGACUACAAGACCCUGGUUCUGAACUGUGUGAACCCAGAUCACGAGAACAGCCCCGAGAUCUUGGUGAAGACUCUGAACUGUGACACCAUCACCCAGGUCAAAGAGAAGAUCUUGGAUGCCAUCUUCAAAAACUUGCCCUGCUCCCACAGACCAAAGGCAGGAGACAUGGACUUGGAGUGGCGACAGGGCACGGUAGCGAGGGUUAUUCUUCAGGACGAAGAUGUCACGACCAAGAUAGAGAACGACUGGAAGAGGCUGAAUACACUGGCACACUAUCAGGUGACGGACGGCUCCGUGCUGGCUUUGGUGCCCAAACAGACAACAGCUUACAAUGCGGUCAACAAUUCCAGCGUGUCCCGAACCUCCGCCAGUAAAUACGAGACGAUGAUCAAGUACACAGGCAGCCCUGACAGCCUACGCUCCCGCACUCCCAUGAUCACCCCUGACCUGGAGACCGGGGUCAAGGUGUGGCACUUGGUCAAGAACCACGAGCACGGAGACCAGAAGGAGGGUGAUCGCGGGAGCAAGAUGGUGUCCGAAAUCUACCUGACCAGGCUGCUGGCGACAAAGGGAACCCUGCAGAAGUUUGUGGACGACCUGUUCGAGACCAUCUUCAGCACCGCUCACCGUGGGAGCGCGCUGCCUCUGGCCAUCAAGUACAUGUUUGAUUUCCUCGACGAGCAGGCAGACAAGCACCAGAUCUACGACCCUCACGUCAGACACACCUGGAAGAGCAACUGCUUACCCUUGAGGUUCUGGGUCAAUGUGAUCAAAAACCCUCAGUUUGUCUUUGACAUCCACAAGAGCAGCAUCACGGACGCCUGCCUGUCAGUGGUGGCUCAGACGUUCAUGGACUCCUGCUCAACAUCCGAGCACCGCCUGGGGAAGGACUCACCCUCCAAUAAACUGCUUUACGCCAAGGACAUCCCCAACUACAAAAGCUGGGUGGAAAGAUACUAUGCAGACAUCGGGAAAAUGCCAGCAAUCAGUGACCAGGACAUGAACGCUUACCUAGCAGAGCAGUCCCGAAUGCACAUGAGUGAAUUCAACACGAUGAGUGCCCUCAGUGAAAUCUACUCAUACGUCAGCAAAUACAGUGAAGAGGUUAUCAGUGCUCUGGAAUUUGAAGAUCCAGCCAGAAGGCAGAAACUAUCUUAUAAACUUGAACAAGUGGUCGCUUUCAUGUCCAUAGAGAGUUGAGUGGCACUUUCCUGGGUAUAAGAAGCCAAGCUGUGCCUGACUAUAGAUGAUUGCCUUUCAAGUGCAAGUUACGAUUGGUUACAAGCAGAGACACCUGGACGUCUCUUCUCUCCAUUUCUCUGCCGCUCUAGUUCUUCAUUUCUCUAUCUCUGGCCUCAUUCGCUCGCUCGCUCACUCGAUCUCCCCACUUUCUCACUUUCUCUCGCCCCGAACAUGAUUGGACAUCGCUGUAUGUCUCCAUAAGGUCAGUGAACAGUUAAUACGACAUCGAUCACCCAAUGGCUAAAAAAAAAGAUUCAACUAUCUUGCACCGUAAUAUUAGCAGGAGACUGAAACUCGCUAGUUUUCCUGACCACCUUCAACAGAGGAAUUUUGCCUGUCUUUCCUCUCAUCCACCUGAUGGACAAUAAGUAAACAGAACGUGUGUAAAAUGCUGCCCUUAUUUCCUUUGGGACGGAAGAGUAUCAGACAUGAAUACUGGCAACCAAUUGGCCUUGGGGUUUUGGACAGCAGAAGAAUUCUCAAACUCUCUUCUGCAGAAGAGUCUUUCAUCUGCGUGUAAUUGAGAAAAUAAUAUAUUUCCUGUUCAUCUCUCUUCCCCGCUGGAGGACAGUGAAGCAAACUGUGACUGUGUGAGAAUUGUGCACAAGUGUUUCAGGCCGUCUUUGGUGAAGGAUCCUAAGAGAGGCAAUGAGGAGGACCUUGCAAAAUUUGUGGCGGGCUGGUCUUAUCAAUCAUAGGUACGAUUUUCUUCCAGAACUGGGAUGUGAGCUGCUAUGGUGUGGAGAGAUGUAAGCCACAGAUGCACACGCUCACCACACACACACACACACACACACGCACACACACGCACCACAACACGUGCGCAAACACAAAGGUACAAAGAAUCUUCAACCUUGCAGUCGGAAUCAAAAGAAAUAUGCUGAUGAUGAUCUGGUGAUUCACUGCAAAAUCAGUGCACGCAAUUUGACAUUCUCCAGAGUCGAGUCGGAACAUUUUAGGAACUUUGAGAUGGGGG